GAAGGAGAUUUUGAACUAACUGGAAAUCUCGGAGACAUUAUGAAAGAGUCAGCGCGGGUAGCCCUUAAUUAUAUCAAAGCCAAUCAGCAGAAGUUUGGUAUUGAUUCUGAAGUCUUUUCUCAGAAUAGUAUUCAUAUUCACGCACCAGAGGGAGCAACACCUAAGGAAGGGCCGAGUGCUGGUAUUGCCUUAACUUCGGCCAUUAUUUCGGCUUUAACUGGCCAUGUUAUCCCGCGCGACAUAGGCAUGACUGGUGAAAUUACCUUACAUGGUCAUGUCGAAGCGAUUGGUGGUUUGAAAGAAAAGGCCAUUGCAGCUUGUCGUAGUGAACUAAAAACGAUUAUAAUCCCGAAAUCUAACGAAAAAGACAUUGGAGACAUUCCCGAAGAAGUUCGCCGCGAACUUAAAAUUAUUACGGUUGAAGAGUAUGAGGAAGUUUGA